AUGAUGAGCAUUCUUAUCAGGACUGAGAGUGUCUUUAACUUUGAUGACCUGGAGAUGAAAAGUUCAAUGUUAAAUCAAAGUAAAGAAGAGAGAUUUACCAUUAAUGUUCAGCAAUAUAAGAGAAACGAGAAAGCAUUUGAGCAUGAUCUGCAUAGAUUUAUGUUGAGGAACGGCCUGACAGUUAAGAAGACAGUGAUUUGGAGCAACACGCCUGUCGGUCUGUUCCAACUCUUCAUGGCUGUACACGACAGAGGGGGGUAUGAAAAGGUUUGUGUUAAUAUGCAGUGGUCAUCAGUAUACAGAGAGGUGACUGAUUCAGCAGCCAAAGGGCAGUGUGGUUAUAGAGCCAAGUUGUUCUACCAAAAGAACAUUUACCCCUAUGAACUGUACAUAAAAGGUAAGGCUUACCAGGAAGUGAUUAGAAGUAUAAAAGGAGGCUGGAGGAUUGGGGAGACGAAGAAAAAAUCUGUCAAGUCUGACGAGGCAGAGGAGAGUGUACAGAUAGGACUGGAGAAGUUAAAUCAGUAUGAUAAGGAAUCCAAGCAAAGUAAGUCACAUUGAAUAGAUCAGACAAGCUAAAUCAGUAUGAUAAGGAAUCCAAGCAAAGUAAGUCACACUGAAUAGAUCAGACAAG